AUGGGUUUUCAGAUGCUUGUGCCUUUCGGUCCUUGGAAUUGGUUGUUCUUGCUAGUGGCCCUCAGGUGUGGUGGAGCAUCUUCUGAUUUGAGUGAAUCCACAAAUUCCUCUGCCCAGCAUGAGCUUAAUGUUCGGUUUGCUGCUGCCGGCUCUGAGCCAGCUGAGACGGUAUCUGUUUUCGCACUGGAUUAUGAUUAUGUGCAAAUUCCUUACGAGGUCACCCUCUGGAUACUCCUAGCAUCCCUUGCAAAAAUAGGCUUCCACGUCUACCACCCGCUGCCAGGCCUCAUGCCUGAGAGCUGCCUGCUCGUCCUCGUCGGGGCCCUGGUGGGCGCCAUCAUCUUCGGCACCGACCACAAGUCGCCUCCGGUCAUGGAUUCGAGCAUCUACUUCCUGUACCUCCUUCCGCCCAUCGUCCUGGAGGGCGGGUACUUCAUGCCCACCCGGCCCUUCUUCGAGAACAUCGGCUCCAUCCUGUGGUGGGCAGGGCUGGGGGCCCUGAUCAAUGCCUUCGGCAUUGGCCUCUCGCUCUACCUCAUCUGCCAGAUCCAGGCCUUUGGCCUGAGCGACGUCAACCUGCUUCAGAACCUGCUGUUCGGGAGCCUGAUCUCGGCCGUGGACCCCGUGGCCGUGCUGGCCGUGUUCGAAGAGGCGCGGGUGAAUGAGCAGCUGUACAUGAUGAUCUUCGGGGAGGCCCUCCUCAAUGACGGCAUCAGCGUGGUCUUAUAUAACAUAUUAAUCGCCUUCACAAAGAUGCAUAAAUUUGAAGACAUAGAACCUGUGGACAUUUUGGCUGGAUGUGCCCGAUUCGUUAUUGUGGGGUGCGGGGGAGUGUUUUUCGGCGUCAUUUUUGGAUUCAUUUCUGCGUUUAUCACACGUUUCACUCAGAACAUCUCCGCGAUUGAACCCCUCAUCGUCUUCAUGUUCAGCUACUUGUCCUACUUAGCGGCUGAGACGCUCUAUCUCUCUGGCAUCCUGGCAAUCACAGCCUGUGCAGUGACAAUGAAAAAGUAUGUCGAAGAAAAUGUGUCCCAGACAUCCUACACGACCAUCAAGUAUUUCAUGAAGAUGUUGAGCAGCGUCAGUGAGACCCUGAUCUUCAUUUUCAUGGGCGUGUCCACCAUUGGGAAGAACCACGAGUGGAACUGGGCCUUCGUCUGCUUCACCCUGGCCUUCUGCCAGAUCUGGAGAGCCAUCAGCGUGUUUGCUCUCUUCUAUAUCAGUAACCAGUUUCGGACUUUCCCCUUCUCCAUCAAGGACCAGUGCAUAAUUUUCUACAGUGGUGUCCGAGGAGCUGGAAGUUUUUCACUUGCAUUUUUGCUUCCUCUGUCUCUUUUUCCUAGGAAGAAAAUGUUUGUCACUGCUACUCUAGUAGUUAUAUACUUUACUGUAUUUAUUCAGGGAAUCACAAUUGGCCCUCUGGUCAGGUACCUGGAUGUUAGAAAGACCAAUAAAAAAGAAUCCAUCAAUGAAGAGCUUCAUACCCGUCUGAUGGAUCACUUGAAGGCUGGAAUUGAAGAUGUGUGUGGGCAGUGGAGCCACUACCAAGUGAGAGACAAGUUUAAGAAGUUUGAUCAUAAGUAUUUACGGAAAAUCCUAAUCCGAGAGAACCUGCCAAAAUCGAGCAUCGUUUCUUUGUACAAGAAGCUGGAAAUGAAACAAGCUAUUGAGAUGGCAGAGACCGGGAUACUAAGUUCUACAGCCUUUUCCAUCCCCCAUCAGGCCCAGAGGAUACAAGAAAACAAAAGACUCUCCCCUGAAGAUGUGGAAUCCAUGAGGGACAUUCUGACACACAACAUGUACCAAGUUCGACAAAGGACCCUGUCCUACAACAAAUACAACCUCAAACCCCAAACGAGUGAGAAGCAGGCGAAAGAAAUUCUGAUCCGCCGCCAGAACACCUUCAGGGAGAGCACGAGGAAAGGUCACAGCCUGCCCUGGGGAAGGACGGCUGGUACCAAAAACAUCCGCUACCUCUCCUUUCCAUACAGCCAUCCUCAGCCAGCAGGCGGAGAUGUGAGGGCGGCUGAAUUCACAGAUCACGACGGCAGUGACGCAGAAGUCCCCUCCAUCAUGUUCAACACACACUCUCCAACGGGGUCACUUCAGGAAGGACGACGGACGCAAGAAAUAAUCCCGAUGAAGAGCUUGCACAGAGGAGGGAAGCCACCCCACUUGGGUUAUCAAAGAAAUAGGAGCCAAGAAGAACAACUGGGCAGGGGCAGAAGGGCGGUUUUGAGGCCCAAACCGCUCUUUCACGCAGUAGAUGAGGAAUUCGAAUCUGGGGAGGAGAGUGAGGAAGAGGCCUCAGCCAUUGGGUCCCGAUGGUCAGCGGAGCACAGACCCGGCAGGGACCUCCACAGAUCCCAUAGCCCUUUGCUCCAAAGAAAGUAA